AUGGCUCUGAUGAAAACACUCGAGGUAUUACUGUCGUUAUCUGCCUCCCUCAUUCCCACUUGUGCUCGCAGGGUGGAUCAUCCAAGUUAUUCAUCUAGUUACUAUGCGUCAAGUGCCGUCAAUUGCACUGCCGACUUCCACGAUUUGAAAACAUGGUGGCAUGCAACGGGUGAAAUCAACACAAAAGGCCCAGUGGCCGAUGUCAAUGUUCGUCAGUCGCACCUCUAUUCGGUGCAGGUCAGCAGAGCACAUCGCGACGAGUUGUACAACUCUUUCGUGUAUGAGACCAUUCCGCGCAGUGGAAAAGGCCAGAUCUGCUACCCGGGCGACUAUGACACCAUUUGUCCAGAAGGAGACGGAAUCUCCAUCGAAGAUAGUAUUGGAACAACAAUGGCCUGGUCGCAGUUCCUAUACAGCCGCGAUGUGGUGGUGAACGUGACCCGGUUGGAUGGCAAGAACGUCUCUGCCAAAGAUGUUGCCAUCCGACCAUCCAGCUUGCAACUAAACGUCACCGCGCAAGGAAGCUCGGCUUUGAUAUCAGUACCCUAUUCCCCUGAAACCCACGGAAUGCGGUUUUCGGUCGAAUUUGCGGAUGAUAUCUGGGAGUAUCGGAAUGCUGGUCCAGGGGUCAAUUCCCACUACGUGCAGAACGCGAAUCCAUCCGGCGACUCCUAUGUUCCCAGCUACAACGAGUCGAUGCCGACGGUUGGACGAGAGCCGUUGAACGCGCUCUUGAUAUUUGCUAGUCCCUUCCCGCCAUCGGAUAUGGUUCCAUCCAAGCGCGACGAUCUAUACGAAAUUCCACGGGGAUAUGUCAGUGGCCUGGACGCAAUCAAUCAAUCCGUGGUUGUUUUUAAUCCUGGGGUUUAUUAUUUCACUGGCAAUGCACACGCCAUUCUGAGUCCUUCCGUAAAAUGGGUGUACCUGGCUCCCGGAGCGUAUGUCAAGGGAGCUGUGCAAUACAUGAACAGCGAUUCACCUUUAAAAGCAAGCGGGUUUGGUGUUUUAUCCGGCGAGCAAUACGUUUACCAGGCCAACGUCGCCUCAGGAUAUAGCAACAACAAGUCCGAUGCGACAUCCCUCAAGAUGUGGAGAGGAGACGGUAUCACGGCCGGACAAUCCUGGACCAUCCACGGUAUCACCACCAACGCACAACCGUUCAAUGCCAUGGACUUCUACGGAGAUCUUGAAAACUUCACCGUAGAUGUAGCCGAUUACAAGCAGGUUGGUGCCUUCUACACGCAGACAGAUGGCCUGCAGAUGUAUCCAAACAGCCAUGUCCGCGAUGUGUUCUACCACUCUGGGGAUGACACCAUCAAGACCUACUAUUCAAAUGUCCGCGCCGAACGAAUCGUGGUGUGGAAAACGAACAAUGCCCCGAUUAUCCAGCUUGGUUGGUAUUCACGUAAUAUAGCCAACAUUUCAGUUGACCGGGUCGACGUGAUCCACAGCAGAUACCAAGGUGGCUCAGAGUACUACCCUCGAGCAUUGGUAGGAUGCGCAGCCAGUUACGAAGAUCCGGCAGCGACGGAUACUGCGAAUACCAGAAACACGAUUGCGAACUAUACCGUCUCUAAUAUUCGAUCGGAAGGCAUAUCUCCAGCGCUGGUCGGCAUGAAUCUGAUGUCAAAUCUCGAUCGUUUCCGGAUUAUCAACGCCUGGAUUGAGGAGUUCUCACCUGCUACUACGCAGCUGGAGUACAGUGCCGUCCGGGGAUUUACUGACCCUAAUCACGGAAACAGGACCGUCACGAUUGGAGCGCAUUCAGCGAAUGGAACGGGUUUGGUGAUUCAGAAUUACACCGUCGGCAAUGAAGAAGUCUCUCUUGCCGCUGGAAACUGGAACAGAACAUCAACCGGCCAUCUCGAUAUCUCCCCUUCCUUCAGGGGAAAGUGGACGGUCGAGUCCUUAUCAAUUGGCUGA